CUUUCAAUUCUGCCGAAACGCGAAAAGCAGAGAAGAAGCGCUUAUAGAUUCUUGCAGCAAAAUAGCUUAUAGAUUCUCUGAAUUUUCAUUCAAUUCACUUCGAAUUCUGCGUUAAAGAUGAGAAUUGAUGGUAGAUUUCUCAAUUUCAGUUAUCUUUUUCGGUUGCGGAAUCACUUCCAAUCAAAGUCCGAACUUCCACUUCGAAAUUUCCUGCUUCGUUCUUACUCUUCCGAAGUGCAAACUGAAAUUUCACCGGAUCUGUUAAACAUAAUGGAGCAAAGAUUUUCUGCUAUUAAGCAUAGGGCUACAUGUCUUGACAAUCUUAUGAAUCAGCCAGAAGCGACACCGGCAGAGUAUGCAAGAGCUAACAAAGAGCUUAGAAAGCUAAGUGGUUCUGUGCAACUUAUUAAUGAGUUGAAGGCCAAACAGAAGGAAAUUGAUGGCCUGAAGUCACUAAUAACUGAAUGUUCUGAAGACAAAGACAUGCUUAAUAUGGCAACAGAGGAAAUGGGCCAGGCCAUAGAGGAAGAAAGAAAAGUGCAGAAUUUGCUGUUGAAGUCAUUACUUCCUAAGGAUGAUGCUGAUGAAAGAGAUUGCAUUUUGGAGGUACGAGCAGGGACUGGUGGGGAGGAAGCUUCCUUGUUUGCAAUGAAUAUCUUUAAGAUGUACGAGAAGUAUGCUCACAACAAAGGUUGGAAGUUUGAAGUGGUAGAUAUAGCUCAAUCUGAUAUGAAGGGAUUCAAGGAGGCUAGUGCAGCAAUUGUUGGAGUUGGUGUUUUUGGUAAACUAAAAUUUGAGAGUGGAAUUCAUAGAGUACAGAGAGUUCCUGUGACUGAAAAACUGGGACGUGUUCAUACCAGUGCUGUUUCUGUUGCAAUUCUUCCUCAGGCUGAUGAGGUCGAUGUCCAGUUAAAGAAUGAAGAGUUGAGAGUUGAUACGUAUAGAUCUGGUGGUUCAGGUGGUCAGCAUGCAAAUACAACUAACAGUGCUGUUAGAAUAACUCACCUUCCAACUGGGAUCGUGGUUGCUAUACAAGAUGAACGUUCUCAGCAUAUGAAUAAAGCCAAAGCUCUCAAGGUACUGUGUGCAAAGCUAUAUGAAAUGGAAAGGCUCAGACUUCAAAGUAGUCGAUCAAAGCUUCGAUCAGAGCAGAUUGGUAGUGGGGACAGAUCUGAACGCAUCCGAACAUACAAUUUUCCUCAAGGCCGUGUAACUGAUCAUAGAGUUGGUAUCACAUAUCACAACAUAGAAGAUGUGAUGCAAGGAGAGAAUCUUGAUGUCUUCAUUGAUGCUCUUCUUCUGAAAGAAGAAAUGGAUGCAAUUGCAACUUUUAGUUCGUCUACAUAAAUCCAGUGUGUUAAAUUUUGCUUAACAUUAAAAUAUCAGUUCAAUGUUUUAUUUUUGUAAUUCACUUAUUGAAAAGAAAAAAAAGUUUCAUAUUUUUCGUGAGAUGUUAGGCAGAGGAAGAGCAUGUCAUAUAAUGAUGUGUGUUUGACUACAUGAUAAUAACAUGCAUUUAGUUUUUCUAAAAUAAUUUUUCACUUUAGAGUGAAAAAUGUCAAAAGAAAAUUAUAGAUUUGUAUUAUAUGCAUGCUUUAUAUACUAUAUAGCAGAUGAUUGUUAUUCCAAA